AUGCAAAAUUGGCAGUCGCAAUUCCCUCAACUGCCUGAAGGAUUCGAUAUUCUUCGUUUUUUAUCAACAGAAAGUGAACAAUUAAAUUGGAAACAAGCUGGAAUUCCUUCUAACCGAUUAGCACUUGAAAAUGGAGCUAUAAUUUUUCGAAGCAAACAAACACCUUUUGUGAUAGAUCCGAGUGGAACUAUUGCCUCCUUUCUUUUUAAUUACUUCAAGGAAAUAAAAAAAGCUGAGGGUGGGGCUCAAUUGCUUGUUGCCAGUCAGUCUGAUUUAAUGACACAGGCAAGUUCUUUUUUAAUUUUAUAG